AUGGCAACUUCUCAGUCGCCACGCGGAAGCUCGCUGAGUGGGCUGAACAGGCGUACUACCAUCUCCUCCCCCCACGCGGGUCUGAAGCAGCGCACCGCCUCGCGCAUGUUUUCUGUCAUGCGCCAUGGGCCGCGCCGCACGCUCUCCAUUGCCACGGCCAGUGCACAUGCAGCCGCUAAAGAACUGCCCAUGUAUGUGUUGCAGCGUCAUCGCGAGGGUGGCGGUGGCCUCUUCACCUACAACACGACGCGCACCACCGCGGUGGCCGGCGAUUUGCCUUUUGCUCGCCUAGACUCCAUCACGGCCGCCCGCGAUCCGCGUCAAGGUCGAGGUGGAGGGAUCUCAGCCGCUGAAGCCGCUAGUGCACUCCGACGCCAACGUCAAUUGAAGAAACAGAGUGCAUCCCCCACAUCAUCACCAGCCUCCACAGCCCCCACCAAUGCGCCGAGCAACGAGGACUCGGGCAUGGCCGAAGUGGAACAAGUGUUGGAGCUGGCUGCCAGCCUUCUCAAUGAAGAGGACGAUUGUGUGCUGGCCUGCAAGCUUCAUCAACUCGAUUCGGAUAUGGAAACGGCUUCAGACAAGCGCUUCUUCCUGGCUCUCAUCCGACACUCGGAAAACCAGGCCUGCAUCCUAUGUCUGAGUCGCCAAGCCGAGACUCCCGCUGAGCCCAUUAAAGACGGCGACCAUGCCUUCCAUGUCGAUCAUGUUGUGCCCAUUGGCCGGCAAAGCAACUUUAAACUUCAUGGUGAUGGCACAUUCACCUUUAAUAACAUCCUUGACCCCCAUCAAACGAACGAGGACGAUAACUCAGAGCCAUCAACACCGCGACCCUUCGAGGAGCGCUCGGAGGAUGAGUGGCGCCGGCUUCUGCUUCCAGAGAUCAAGAAAAUCAUUGCGGCCAGCGAUCUUGACACCUUGACAAGCAAAGAGGUGCGGUUGGCACUGGAGCUCAAGUUUGGGCGAACCUUGAAGCAGUUUAAAGGCUACAUCGACGAGCAGAUGAUUGUUGCCUUUGGCCAGAUGGCCCCUCCUUCCCCCAUCUCCGACCUCAUCUUCUUGGGCACUGAAUGGAAUGCCUGCAACCUGGAGGAGCUGCGCGAAAAUGGCUGCUCCCACAUUCUCAACGUGACAGAGGAAGUACCCAGCUACUUUGAGCAAGACUUUGAGUAUCUGCGGAUAUCGCUUCCAGAUGAGGAAACGGAGAAUUUGCUGCAGCACUGGAAUCGCACCUUUGACUUUAUUGAACUUGCACGUGCAAACGACUCGCGCGUUCUGGUUCAUUGUAAAAUGGGUGUGAGUCGCUCGGCUUCGACGGUGAUGGCAUAUCUCAUGCGUUUUCACGGGUAUGUCAGCACGUACCACCCUCACCGCUGCCGCCUUGACGUGAUCUUGAAACUUUCUCUGAUGCUCCUUCGCUUUCGAAAUGACGGCCCUCCUCCUCGCUGUUAA